CAAAUCUCGCAGGAGUACACAAACAACAGCUGCCCGCCGCUGUCAUCGCUCUGCAGCUUCCAAACUCUGACCCAACCCAUAGAUCUCUCUUUCUUGAUCUUCACCAGCAGCUUUUUUCUACUUUUACUCUCUAGUUCAAAGCAGCAAUGACCGACGCCAGAGUCCAGCUCUACCAACGCUUCCUCUCCUCCCCUCAAGCCUCCUACCUCGCCCCGGACGCAAAGCUCACCUACGUGACCUCAUGCAGGACCUUUAACGGCCCGGACGCGAUUGUCUCGCAUCUUUUGCAGGCGUCGCGACAGCAUAAGCGCGCAGAGGAGAUCAUGUCUGCGCACGCGGCUGCUGAUUCGAUCGUGCUCGAGACCGUGACUACGAUCGAGUUUGUGAACGGUACUGGCGCUUAUGUCCAGGGCCUUGAUAAGAACUUCGUUGUCGACAAUACUGUUGUUGUGCCAAUUAUCCACUCUGUCAUCUUCGAGAACGAGCAGGUCAAGAGCAUCCGAUUCUUCUGGGACCAGGGCGCCAUGCUCAAGCAGCUUAACAUUAUUGGCACUCGUGGUAACAUCUGGCCUAUCUUCAACGGUGCCGAUCAGAAGAAGCUGAUGGCCGCCGAUGCGACCCCCUCUGGAGUUGCACCUGCCGCCACCAAUCCUGCAGCGCGCAAGCACUUCGAGAUCUCCGAACUAGAGCCGGACCUCGAGGUUCCCGCUCCUCGCCCUGGCGCCAUCGAGACCGCGUCCUCCGCCAAGCCCAAGCCCCGCAACCUUCAAGAUCUGAUGGACUCGUCUGCGGCCGCUCCUGCCUCGCCGCACCGCAUGGGCAGCGCGCCCAAGACAUACGACAUCUUUGACGAGAAGAACCAGACCCCGAUCGCGCACCGCCAGAUGAAGGGCCCUGCCCCCGUGUUUGAGACCCCUGAGCAGAUCCGCGCCAAGCGCAAUUUCAACGCAAAGAACUUUGAGCCCCACUUCAAGUUUGGCACGCCAGAGACUGCGCUCGGCCCUUACUCCAAGACACGUUCAAACAUGCACCCGCAGCCUGACGAGCUCAAAUGGGAUCACGAUGCAGAGGCAGCUGACUACGUCCAGCCUACUCUUGGAAACGGACGCCGCGAUAUGUCAAACACCUUUGAGAUCCGCGACGAGUCGCCGGCUCCUAAGGAUAGAUUUGGUGGAAUCAAGAUUGCUGGAAACGGAAUGGGUAGCAAGAGCACGAGAAGCCAGUUUAACAUCAACAUGAUGGCUGACGAAGAGGAGCCGGAGCAGCAGCAGUACCAAAGACCGCUUGCGAAGCACCUCGAGACCAGUGCUCCUGUCGCCCAUGCUGGUGGAAUCAAGAUCGCUGGAAACGGAAUGGGCAGCAAGAGCACAAGAAGCCAGUUUAACAUCAACAUGAUGGCUGGCGAGCAGGAGCAAGAGCAAGAGCAGUACCAGAAGCCGCUCGUCGAGCAGCCUGAGACUACGGUCAACGCCCGUCGCGCAAGCACCACCGCUUCUACCGCCCCAGCUCCCAAGGCCGAGACCGAGGACCUCAACAACCGGUUCAGAGGAAUCAAGAUUGCCGGCAAUGGAAUGGGCAGCCGCGGCCAGCGCCAAUGGUCUUGGGAUAUGAACCCCGAGGAGGAGGAGCAGCAGCAGCCAGCUUCUGCGCCGGCUCCUGCUGCCACUGCUGCCAGAAAGCAGGCUGAGCAUGCCAGAUACCAGCCACGGAUGACUUCGCACAGACAGUUCAAUGCCUCGUGGAGCUUUGGCGAGGAUGAGGACGACAAGGAGAAUAACUAAGAGUCGUUAGAUAUUGCCUUAAUUCGUUGCUUGCAGCUGCUUUUUAUUGUUUUUGAUGAGAUUUAUUUUGUUUGAGAUACCCCGAGGAAAUCUCGCGUAAUAGGGACAACUCCCAUAAAUACACAUUUCUAUAUUUUGACACUGAAGAAGCCCAAGGGAGGGAAAGAGAAUUCUAUUAGAGCGUCCUUGAUGCGGAAAACCGUCGUUAUCAAAAAAAACUGACUUCUUCUUUCCAGGAAUAUAUCUGAUCUAGCUUGUAGCAAAGGCGAAAUAGUGUAGAGAUGACUAUAUCUGAAUAUAUAUCUGAUAAUGACAAGUUGGUUAACUACAG